AUGACUCACGGUACUGAAUCUGAAACAAUCGGAACCGACGAAAAUGCGAAAAACAUGUGCUCUGAGCGCAACUGGAAUAUUCGUAUGUUGAACAUCAUCUUUGUCUCUGUUGGCUUUUUGGUCAUCUUUGUUGCGUUCAACACGACUGAAAAUUUUAUGACGAGUUUGUAUGGGAACUAUGGCAUGAUAUCUUUGUGUUCCAUAUACUUGUCGUUUGCCGUUUGUGGACUUUUUGUCCCCUUAAUAAUCCGGAGGAUUGGUGAGAAGUGGACUUUAGUGAUUGGUGGUAUAUGUAUAGUCCCUUUCCUCACGAUGAAUAUAUUUGCCAAUGUAUAUCUUCUUAUCGUAAUGAGUUUGUUUGUUGGAUUUGGUCAAUCUGUGUUGUGGUGUGCGCAAGGGAGUUUAUUAACGCGGUGUUCCAAGCCUGAGAAGCGUGGAAGAAAUUCCGGGAUCUUCUUUUUCAUCUACCAGCUCAAUCAAAGUGUUGGAAAUGGUUUUGCCUAUGUCAUGACGUUGACGGGAUUACAGUUAGUGUAUUUGUUCAUCAUAUUUACGUGUUUGUGUGUUAUAGGAAUAGUUCCAUUCAUCUUUAUUCAAAUGGGAGUGCUCCCAGACAUCGAGCGCGUCAGUAUCAAAACCGACUUGCGCAAUUUGUGGAAAGUGUUUAAGAGUCCAGCAAUGCUAUUACUCUUUCCUCUUUUUAUAUACUCAGGGAUAACACAAUGUUACAUAUAUGGAGAAGUAACAGCAAUGUUUGGAGUUGAGUGGGUAUCGAUAGCGAUGUGUGUCUUUGGAACCGUCAACAUGGUUGUUUCUUUAAUUUUUGGUCGGAUCAGUGAUACGAUCGGACGUAUUCCCACAUUGAUUAUCGCCUCGUUGGUGAUGUUUAUGGGCUUGUUUUCGAUAGUCUUGCAUUUCUUUUUAGGGAGUUUGUGA